AUGACUGGUAUUGCCGGUGUGGAGGAGAUCCUGCGGAAACACCCACUUUACAACGCUCAUGGUUCGGAUUUUCCACGUAAUGUGCUAAAGAGGACUGAAGUGCCCCAAAUAAGGUUACAGCCCUUGCAACCUAGCCCUGCAAUGUUUGCUCCAUGGUACCAGGAAUGUGAUGAGCUUGUCAAGGCUUGUGAGGAGCACGACGGUCGUGGUGAAGAGUUUGAUCAGUGGUACUCGCAACGGUACAUGAGCAACAAGCCACCUGGAAUGGUUGGCAACGUUGUGCUCUCUCCUUCUAAACGGAACUAG